AUGGGGCAGUACUUGCCUCCAGCAGAAGAUGCAGAGGCCCAGAGCGCCUUCAGAACGGCAGAAAAGAAGCAUCAGCUGCACUGGUACCAGGAGAUGCGCAGAAGGAAAGGCAAGCUGCGUGGAGGCAAGCUCAGACAAGUAGCAACAGAUCUGUCUGGGGUGCUGGACUUCCUGGAUUGCUCCACAUGGCAUGGCAGAUCUGUUUUGGGAGCUCACAGCCAGGUUCUGAGCAAAGAGAUCAUGGGCCUUGCCAGUCAUCCAGGGUUUUUUCUGAUACCUGGAGCUAUCAGCCCCGAAGUCCAGCAGCGGCUGAUUACAGCAGCGCUACAGGAGUAUCCAGAGGCUCCCAGCAACACCAACCACACCAGGGCGUACGGCCAGCUGAAGGGACUGUGGGCAGCUGCACAGUCUGGGCUAUCGCUCAGCAGCCCCUCACAGACUGCACAGUCCGCUGCUGCACCAGAUAGCAGAAUUCCUGAUGACCAAACAGCAGACCUCGGUCUCGGCAGCCAUUCGCCAAUGGAAAAGAAUGGAUCGCCCAGCACUAUAUGCAGCAUCAGCAGCAAUGCAGCUGGGCAGCAGUUCGGCAGUGGCGACAUGAAGCAUGGCAGGACGAGCUGUCAGACUGAGGGCAGCACCGAUGCAUGCAUGCGCGCAUGCUGGUGCUCGGCAGGGGCCGGACCGCGGCCGGAGGGAGGGGACCCGGGGGGAUUGCGGGGGUGGCUGGCGGGGGGACCGGGCCCCCCGGCGGCGCAGCUGCUGCGGAAGCUGCGCUGGGCCACGCUGGGGCCGCAAUUUGAUUGGACCGCGCGGCGCUACGAUGCGCACGCCCCAUACCGGCCGCUCCCUCCCGAUCUGCGCACUCUGGCCGUCUCCAUCGCCUCAGCCAUCGCCCGCCUCGACAUGUGCCCUGUUAGUCAUCAUGCAGAUGACGCAUCCCCUGUCAGUCAUCAUGCGGACGGCAAAGAGGCAGCCUCACAAGACGGCAUGGGGGGCGCUGCCAGUACAGGGCACGGAAAUGGGUGUGGGGAUGGGAGAGAUAAUGACAGCAAAGGAAGUGUCGCUCUUGCUGGGGAUGGGAGACAAGACUGUAAGGUGCCAGCAGCAGAAGUGAAGAGUGGAGUCGAUGGGCUGGAAGGCCAAAGCCAGGGGGCCUGGGAGCCUGAGGUGGCGCUGGUAAAUUACUACAGAGAGGGUGACACGCUCGGCGGUCACAAGGAUGAUGCAGAAAGGAAUAUGCAUGCACCGAUUGUCGCUCUCAGCCUCGGCUGCGACGCCAUCUUCCUGCUGGGAGGGGAGACAAGGGAUGGAGAGCCGGUGGCAAUGCGCAUAAGGGGAGGCGAUGCGAUUGUGAUGGAGGGCCGAUCGCGGCAGUGCUAUCACGGCAUUCCUCGAGUUUUCAAGGGCGACGGGUGGCCCUGUGCAAGGGGGAACAGAGAUGCUGAGGAGGGGUUCAGGCCCUUUGCGCAGCACAUGCAAGAUCGCGGCCACGGCAGUUGA